UUUUGGGUGAAAGAUGAAAAUGAGGGCGUUAUUCGAAUUGAGGAAAAUUAUCAAAUUGUGAUUAAAACUUCCUACCAUGUUUCAAUGCUCGUCUGAUAACACUUUUAUCCUUUUCGGAUUUCCUUGAUAUGAACACCUAGGUUGUUCCUCUUUUCACGUGUUAUUCUACACGUGCUAGUCAAUUUGUUUCAAAAUAAAGAUGGAUGGUAGUGGUGAGAUUGGGAGCUCGGGUUGUCAAAAAAAAUCUGGGAUAGAAUUGGAUAGCUACAGAUGGGUGAUAAUUGCAAUAUUUGCUGCGUAUUGUGGAACGAAUUUUUUUUUAUUUAUGCAGUUUACUAUCAUAGCUAAUAUCACAGAAAGAUAUUACAAUGUGAACAGCUUCUUGGCCGACUCGACAGGGCUGGUUUUCAUGGGAUGCUACAUUGUUUUCUUCAUCCCUGUAGGCCAUUUCAUAGAAAAAAAUAACCUCAAACAAACAGCUGUAAUAAGCACUGCACUUACAGCCUUUGGUAAUUUUCUCAAACUAUUUGCUGUAUCGCCCGACAAAUUUCAUCUUAUCAUCAUAUCCCAAGCUAUAUGUGGUAUUGGUCAAGUUUUCAUGAUCAGCAUACCAUCGAAAGUUGCGUGUACCUGGUUUGGAGCAGAGGAGGUGUCUAUAGCAUGUGCGAUAGGCGUCAUGGGAUGUCAAAUAGGUUUAGCUCUAGGCUGUAUAGUACCAACAUUGUUGGUACCAGACUCCACAAAUAUGGAAGAAGUUGCAGAGGGAUUUUCUGAUGUUUUUGGUGUAGAUAAUGUUGUUUCAAUCACGAUGCUCAUCUUGGUUAUUUUGUUUUUCAGAUCAAAGCCUGAGUGCCCACCAAGUCAUUCACAAGCAAGCCGCUUGAAGGGCGAUCAAGAAAUGGGAUAUUCAGAAGCCUUCAAAAGUUUGAUGCAGAACAGAGAUUACAAAUUAAUACUGAUCACUUUUGGAAUGUCGUUCGCUGUGUGGAACUGUCUUGGAAUCAUAGUAAAUGAAAUGUUCUUGCAUUAUUAUCCUGCUGAUGGAAAAUAUCUUGGCAUAUUGGUGCUGUCUGGCAUCAUUGCAGGAGGCAUUUUUGGAACUAUACUUUUCGGUUACAUAUUGGAUAAAACGCAUGCGUUCAAAAAAGUUUCCAAUGUUGUUCUGAUUUUAACUCUUGUUGCAUGGGUUUGUUUAGUCGUAUCUUUCCAUGUCGGGUCUUUAUUGAUGACGUCGUUAACCAUACCUGUUUCUGGGUUUUUCUUUGGAAGUAUAAUGGUGAUAGCCUUCGAGUAUGCAACAGAAAUGACCUAUCCCGUAUCAGAAGCCUUCAGUGCGUCUCUUUUGAACGCUGCCAUUUACGUCUUUGCCAUUAUAGACGUUCUAGUUGUAGAGUGUAUUUUCAAGACUGUAGGAUUUACUGCUGGGCAGACAGUACUUGGGAUAUUUUUGUCCAUAGCUGCAGCUUGUAGUUUUCUAAUAUCAACAGAUUACAAAAGAGUGGACGCAAAUCUAUUGAAUGAUAUUAAAAGCAAUUAUGGAAGUGUGGUUGACAAACUGCCAUAAAAUUAUAAUAAGAAAUAUAUUGUAUUUUAGAUAGAAA